AAACUGGUAGAAACUGAGUUCAAGUAUUUAUUGCUCUUUAUUGCCUCUCAUGUCAUUUAAAAAGAGCUACCAAGAGAAGAGCAUUUACAGAGAGCUUAAAAGUUUGACUUGGAUGAAAUGAGAAUUUCUUUAUUUUAAAACACAGCAAUAGUGACUUUGAGAAAUUUAAUUUUGGCAACUUCAAGAUGAUGACAACAAACUCAACCACAAAUAUUUCAUACUGUUCUGCAAAUGCCACCAUUUGCAACAGCACUUCGUGUGUUAUACCUGAUGACAAUUUUAACCAAGUUUUGAAUGUAGUUUUAAGUACUGUCCUAACAAUCUUGUUGGCAUUGGUGAUGUUCUCCAUGGGCUGCAAUGUGAACAUAAAAAAAUUCUGGGGACACAUAAAAAAGCCAUGGGGCAUAUUUGUGGGCUUCCUCUGUCAGUUUGGAAUUAUGCCUUUGACAGGCUUUGUGCUGUCACUCGUUUUUAAUGUGCUUCCUGCUCAAGCUGUUGCUGUGCUGAUCAUGGGAUGCUGUCCAGGUGGAACAUCUUCCAACAUUCUAGCAUAUUGGCUAGAUGGGGACAUGGACCUAAGUAUCAGUAUGACAACAUGUUCAACGUUGCUUGCACUGGGGAUGAUGCCACUUUGUCUCUUUAUCUAUACCAAAAUGUGGACAGACACUGAGUCCAUCGUAAUCCCCUAUGACAGUAUAGGUAUUUCACUGGUAGCCCUUGUAAUUCCUGUUUCAGUUGGAAUAUUUGUUAAUCACAAAUGGCCCCAGAAAGCUAAAAUUAUACUUAAGGCAGGUUCCAUUACUGGACUAGCUCUUAUACUGAUCAUUGCUGUGGUUGGAGGAAUAUUGUACAAGGGAUCCUGGACUAUCAGCCCUCAACUGUGGAUCGUUGGAACCAUAUUUCCAGCUGCUGGCUAUUCUCUAGGUUUUCUUCUGGCUCGCGUCGCUGGUCAGUCUUGGCACAGAUGUCGUACGGUAGCUCUGGAAACAGGUAUGCAGAACACUCAACUGUGUACAACUAUAGUGCAGCUCUCCUUCACCCCUGAACAGCUUACACAGAUGUUUACUUUUCCACUCAUCUACAGUAUUUUCCAGAUAGUGUUUGCUUUAAUAUUUGUAGGAGUCUACUACUUGCACAAAAGAUUCUGUGGCACACCAAAGAUGGACUUCACAGAACCAACAAGUGAAAUUCAAUCGAUACCAGAAACAUAUGGCCAGAUGAAUGGAGGAUUUACAUCAAAUGAAAAAAGUACAAGAAACACGAACGACACUAUCGUCUCCUGACAUUGUGUAAAAGAGUUUCGCAACGAUUGACUGGUGAACAGUUUCUUUGUGGUUUUCUGUUUUUGUUUUUGAAUGAAGCUUGCACCACCAGGAUACAAAUCUAGGUUUGACACUAAUUUGCUACAAUAUUUAGUGUUCCAUAAUUGUCCAUUUGAGCAAGGAAGAACAAAGUAAACCUAGAGGAAAGCUGAGCAAAAUUUCAGGCAUAAGUGUCUUUCCCCCCCGCCCCAAUGUAAAAAUGAAAUAACAAUCCAAAGAGCAAAUAGUUAGACAAUAUUUCAUUUUGGUCAGCAUGAGCUGCCAAAAACAUUGUAUUGAAAUAACUGAGUGCCAUUAUCAAGGUAUGCAAUCUGUUGCUUUUUAAUCUGACAUAUUUGCUGUUUAUCACAAUAGGCAGAUCAGAUCAGGACCCUCAAAUUCCUUGUGUUCCUCCACGGACAUAGGGAUUAAAGUGAGUUUAUUUCUCAUGGUCUUGGGCGGGGGGGAUGUGGAAAAGAGGUGGCAAUGGAAACCACACAAUUUCAAGCCAUCUCUUACAAGAGGAAUUGGUAACAAAAGGAUUAAAUUUAUACUAAAGCUGUUAUUUUAAUAAGUAAAAAAUGUCUGUUUGUCCCUAUAUUCAGUGCAGUAAAAAUUUUCAUAUCUUCACUUUGGGUCAAUUAGAUAUGAAGGUGCCUGAUAUGCUGGUGAAAUCAGGAACUUAAAGAUUUAUAUUAUCUAAACUAUGGACAGUAAUUGUGAAUAAAAAUGCACCUAUUUAUUCCAGAAGAUUGGAGGCUACUGUUUGAAAAUCUGCCCCUGAAUGCCUGAGUGAUCUGAGUUCAAUUCCAAGCAAGCCCAGUAACUCUGCAAACCCCAGACAUAUUCAAUAGCUCAAAUUCUGCAGUCCUUACACAAGGAAAACUUACAUUGAAGUCAAUGAAAGGUUAGUUGAAUAAGUACCUCAAGAAUGAGCCAAAUAUCAACACGUGAAAACAAUCACUCUUUUUCAGGGAUUGGUUAACUCAAGCAAACAUAUCUAGAUGUUGUAAGUUCCCCAUCACACACAUUAAAGCACUUUAUAUUUUCUAUCCAAAAUAUGCAUUUUGCAAACACAAUUUAGGUAAGGAAUUUAAGCUCCAGCCAUACAGUUUUUCACCAUAUCAGAAACAUGCUCAGUAUCAAACAGAGCGAAUUACUUUAAUGUACUAGAUGUGGGGGAAAGGGUCUUAAAAAUCAAUCAUAUAGCAAAGUGCUGGGAAGCCUUAAGUUGUAUUGAUUUGGGAGUUGAGUGCUCCUAGCCUUCUAGGAAGUGCUCAGCAUUGGCAUGAGCUGGCCCAUACCACCACUUUCCACUUUUAUUUAAACAGGCAGGUGCUCCGAAGCCUAAUAUGGAGAGAUCAUAAAUGUGAAAAAAACUCAGUAAGCAUUUCACUCCAACAGCUGUGGUAAAUGUCUUUGGACCGGAUUCUGUUCCCCUUGGGUCAAUGGGAGUUCUACUGUUCUACUGAGUUCUACUACCCCUCACAUGGGUUACGGAGUGGUCUUCAUGUUUAUUCCUGUUUAAACUGCGGAAGCAAGGCAGAAUUCAGCUUUGCUCACAUAAUAUUCCUUUAUCCUUUGUUAAAGCUAGAACCACCACUGAGCUUUUGAAAUAAAAAUUUUCUGUACAUUCUUUUAAUGUAUUUUGAAAAUAUAUUAAGUUUCAUAA